AUGUGAAAUCCUUAUGGCGUCCAGAGUAUGGGGCUUACAUGGUGGAGGGUACACCAGGAAAGCCAUAUGGAGGUCUACUAGCUCAUUUCAAUAUUGUAGAAGCAAAUAUGCGUUAUCGUAGAGCUGAAGCUAGUACUCUGUUAAAGGAUGGAGAAGUUAUUAUGAGUAUAACAAAUUUUCCAAGGUUAGGUUGUCCAAAUUUUACAAGUCCACCUUAUACGCCUACUCCGGACAAAGGCGUGACAAGAUCCCAUUUCUUCCCGGAUGAAGGUAUAUUUCCUGGACAUCCGCGUUUUAAAACAUUAACAUCUAAUAUCAGGAAGAGGAGAGGUGAAAAAGUGGCUAUUAAUAUUCCAGUAUUUCGUGACAAAAACACCAAAAUACCUAUAGAUGAGUCUCAUAGACUGGAGCCAGGUGUCGCGCAGCCGGAUGCUGUGUACAUGGACGCCAUGGGCUUCGGCAUGGGCUGCUGCUGUCUGCAGCUCACGUUCCAGGCCUGUUGCAUCACGGAGGCUCGCACGCUGUAUGACCAACUCGCGCCCUUGUGUCCUAUUAUGUUGGCGUUGUCGGCCGCGUCGCCCGUGUACCGCGGCUUCCUCACCGACGUGGACUGUCGCUGGAACGUGAUCGCCGCGUCGGUGGACUGCCGCACGCGCGAGGAGCGCGGCCUCGACCCGCUCACCAACAACAAGUUCCGCAUACAGAAGUCCAGAUACGACUCCAUCGACUCCUACCUGUCUCCUGAUCAUCAAAAGUACAACGACAUUCCAAUAAUCCACGACGAGGCGAUCUACCGGCGGCUGCGCGAGGGCGGCAUCGACCACCCGCUGGCGCUGCACGUGGCGCACCUCUUCAUCCGCGACACCGUGUCGCUGUUCAGCGAGCGCGUGCACCAGGACGAUGCCAACGACACGGACCAUUUCGAGAACAUUCAAUCAACGAACUGGCAGACGAUGCGCUUCAAGCCGCCGCCGCCGAACUCCCCCAUCGGCUGGCGCGUGGAGUUCCGUCCCUGCGAGGCGCAGCUCACUGACUUUGAGAACGCGGCCUACGUCUGCUUCGUCGUGCUGCUGACGAGGGUCAUUCUUUCAUACAAUCUCAACUUUCUGAUGCCUAUUAGUAAGGUGGACGAGAACAUGCAGCGCGCGCAGCGGCGCGGCGCGGUGACGUCACAGCGCUUCUGGUGGCGGCGGGACGUGGGCGCGCCGCGAGCCGUGCUGCGCGCGCCGCCCGCGCACGACUCGCCCGACGAGUACCUCGAGAUGAGCGUGCAGGACAUCAUCAACGGAAAGGAGGGCGUGUUCCCGGGGCUGAUAUCGCUGAUCGACUCGUACCUGUCGGGCAUGGACGUGGACGCCGACACGCACUGCUCCGUGCAGCAGUACCUCAAGCUGAUCUCGCGCCGCGCCUCCGGGGAGAUCCACACCAUGGCCAGCUGGAUGAGGGACUUCGUCACCAAGCACCCGGACUACAAAAACGAUUCAGUAGUAUCGGAGAAGAUAAACUACGAUCUACUGAAGACCGCCCACGGCAUCCAGACGGGCGCGAUACCGGCGCCCUCGCUGCUGGGCGGCAGCAUCGUGUCCAAGACCAACGAAGACAUUCCCACAGCGAUCACCAAGAUGAUGAACAAAGACUGUCCGUAGUACUGCUCACACCUCGCCCCCAGUGCCUUGUGCUGCUGACAGGCUACCUGGCCGCACAUUUUACCUCGCCCACAAAUAUUAACAUUCCACGCCUAUGUCAUAUAUAAUAUAUAUGUCACUAUAAAAUUGUCAAUGCCGUUAGAUUAUAAUCUAUCUCGCAAGACUCUGAAUUGUCGAAAGUGAACCGCGACAUACUGUUUCCGUAUUUCCGUGUUUUUUGGUAGAUUGUAAGGAAGAAUGUACAAAUAAAAAUAAAAAAACAUUUAUUAGCCUUUAUUUCUUUCUUACUUAACCUAGCCUAACAUAAUCUUUGGUUUGUGUAUGUAUGGAGUUCACAAUCUUCCGACAGUUCAGAAUAUCGCGAGAUAGAAUAUAAUCUAACGAUAUUUAAAAUUUUACGGUGUCAUAUAUAUUCUAUUUACGGAUUUACGGAAGGCAGUUUGGUUUGCUUGUAGUGUGUAGUAUUAAGGUACUAUAAGGUACUAGGAAAUAGAAGCAGAAAACAUGCAUUUUAGAGUGAUACAGAAAGAGGCGUGUGACAUCGAAACCCGGUUACCCCAAAACCGUUGCUUAGCAACCACUCACAGACACAAUA